AUGGCUGCUGCUCGAUCCGUGUCUAUUCCCCAUUAUGCCUGGGCAGGUCAGUCGUCCUAUGACCUUGACCGUCUCUCCUGCGUAACCGCGUCGUGGCUGACAUCACUGCAAUCACUGGAAUGUCCCCGGCGCUCCUUCGUCCAGGCGGUCACGCCCUCGUGCUCGCCGGUACAAUCUACACUUUGAUCGGCCUCGUCACGUUCCAGUCCAGGUCCAAGUCGUACUACCUCUCGUACCUCGGCGCGAUCGUCUCGUGGGGGAUCGUCGUCGUGAGUCCGAACUGAGCCUCCGCGAUGCUCUCUGCUCGAUCGCAUUCGCUGACGACGACGACGUUGCUUGUCUGAAACCACUCCUUCCUUGCUCCCUGCCCUGGAAUCGAACUGGUCUGCGCCUACUCUGGACGUUAUCAGUACAAAUCGUUGGGCAUCCCUCAACCCAACAAGGCCUACAUCCAGCGUGCCUUGCUCGACGAGAACGUCCAGGUCAGUGCGACCCCGAACUGACUCCCAGAACACGGCCAAGUACACCUUACUGAAGUUGGCUUUGCGUCCCUCGUCUUAUUGUAGUACCUCAUCCUCGCCGUGUACUGGUUCCUUCAAGUCAGUCCUGACUGUCAUCAACCUGAGGGCCCAGAGUCGCAGACCGAAUCCUGUGCUGACGGUGGUUUCUUCGGUCGUACUCGUUAGAAACCCAUCUACAUCACCCUGAUCCCCUUCGCCACCUUUUCAUUGUUCCACACUUGUCAGUCCGCGCACCGCUCGUUGGUUUCCGAUUGGCCGUUCCGGAAAACGACAUGCUGAUACAUUCUCCUUGGUCCAACCACGACUCGCUGCCCCCAACAGUGACCUUUGUGCGCACGAGUGUCUUGCCCAAACCCCCUUCGACCCCCGCUGGAGCAUCAAAGACGGCUGCACCGCCUGCGACGGGUCAGGCCAAGCUCUCGAAGCAGAUCCAGGUCAGUAGUAGCUCGCCCCACAUCCCCACCUCGGAAUCUUUGCGACACGAGGCUGACCUUUCGGGAUCGGACUUGGAUCGUCAGACAUGGGUCAAGGCCAACUAUGAAAAGGCGAUGCUCUUUGUCGCGUUCGUCGAGGUCGUUCUCGUCUUUGGCCGAGUUCUGCUCGGUGCCAUCACCUUCCGCAACUCGCUCCUCGCGCCGCUCUUCUUCGCCCACUUCCUCCGACUGAGGUACUACCUCUCGCCUCCGACGCGCCAAGCAUUCGCCUGGGUCUCGACUCAGGUCGACCAUGGAAUCAACCACCCGAGCUGCCCUGCACCCGUCAAGAAGGGAGUGACGAUCGCGAGGGAUCUGGUGGGUCUGCCCAACACGUGGCAAAUAGCCUCACCAUGACCAAGUGCUAAUUGGCUCACGUUUCACCUCCUUCGUAGAUCAUCCGAUACUCCGAGUCCGUUCUUCAAGUCGGCGGCCAAGCGGGGGCUCAACAACCUGGAGCCGCGGGUGCUGCAGGUGCACGACCCGCCGCUGCAGGAGCCGCUGCUCGACCAGCACCCACAGCUGCCGCCGGAGCUGGAGCUGCUGCUGGAGCUCGAUAA